CGACAAAUUCAGGUUUUGAUAUCCAUCUCUCUUCCCCCUUCCACGAGCAGAAACGGUGAACCAUGGACACCGGAGCUUCAUCGUUCGAGACCAGCGAGAUGUUGGGGACUUUCCUGGCUUCGACGACGCUGCUGAAGGAGGCGUGGAGGGUGUGCGGCACCGCGAACGCGAUGGGGCGCGGUGCCUUCGCGGCGGAGCAAGUCGGGGGCGUGGGGCACGUGGCAUUCUCGGGCGUCCAAGAGAUGCCGGUGCUCGGUUGGGAUCCGAACUACGGCAUGCUGGUGCCGCUGGAUGUAGCAGGCCAUGGGCUGUUCGAGCCGUUGAAAUGCCGUUACGACGGCGAGGAGCCGGUCAUGGUCCACUCCGGAGUGCUUCACCUCUUCCUUCAAUAUCAUUCGCGCCCCGAUUUUCAAAGCCAGAUUGACAGCUUGUUGGAAAACACCAAGUCAAUAGUGAUCACAGGCCAUUCCAUAGGAGGAUCAAUUGCCUUCCUCACAGCUCUUCGGCUCCUCUCCAAGCUCAAAUCCAUCUUCCCACCCAUCUCGGUCUUAUGCAUUGGUUUCGGCUCUCCUUUCCUUGGCAACAAGUCGCUUUCCCAAGCCAUCCUCCAAGAAAGAUGGGGCGGCAGCUUCUGCAACAUCGUGUCAACGCACGAUAUAAUGCCGAGGUUAUCUCUCGACCAAUCACUUGUUCCGACUCCCCAGUGGCAGGUCCUCGUAAGAUUCUGGUACACAUAUAUGAUGGCACCGAACUCUAUGAAUUUCGCUAACCUCCAAUUAACUGAAGAAGACAAAGCUUGGUUAUUUUCCUUCGUUGUGGCCAACAUGGAGCGCCUGGUGCAAGCAGGGGAAGGUGAGGCAGGGAGGUCGUUUUGGCCAUUUGGGAAUUACUUGUUUUGUUCAGAUGAGGGCGCCAUUUGUUUGGACAAUGUUGUAUCGAUCAACAAGAUGAUGCAUUUGAUGCUACAGACAGGUUCUCCAAAUUGUAUCAUUGAGGAGCACCUUAAGUAUGGGUGGUAUGUUGAAAGAGUGACUCAUCAGUCUUUGAAGAGAAGCUUCAUGGAAGGAGAUCUCUCUGAAUCAAGCUAUGAAGCAAGUCUUUCAUUGGCUUUGAACUCCUCAGGGACUUAUCGACAGGUAUUGAUUGCACCGAUGGCAAAAGAUUGCUUAAAGAUGACGAGGCCGAUGGGGCGCGCACCGAACCUAAAUGCCGCCGACUUAGCCAUUAGGCUAUCCAAAAUCACUCCUUAUAGGGCGGAGAUAGAGUGGUAUAAAGCUUGUUGCGAUAAGUCCGAAGAGCAAAGAGGAUACUAUGAUUCAUUCAAGCAUAGGGGGGCCUCAAGGACAGGGUCCCAUGUUAACAUGAAUCGGUACAAGCUUGCGGCCUUUUGGGACAAAGUCAUACGCAUGAUGGACGGGAAAGAGCUCCCACACGAUUUGCACAGAAGGUCCAAAUGGGUAAACGCGGCACAGUCCUACAUGCUUCUUGUGGAGCCAUUGGAUAUCGCGGAGUAUUAUCGGUCGGGGAUGCACCUUAAGAAAGGCCACUACAUAAGCAAUGGAAGAGAGAGGAGGUACGAAAUUUUCGAUCAAUGGUGGAUUGAGAGAGUUGUUACCGAGAAACUGAGCAAUAGGAGGACCAGGUAUGCAGGCUUGACCCAAGACGCUUGCUUUUGGUCAAGGGUGGAGGAAGCAAAGGAGUGGCUGGACAACAUUAGGAGCCAGAGUGACCCUAGACACCUGGCUUUUCUUUGGGAUAGACUCGAUAAGUUUGAAACUUAUGCAAUCAAGUUGGUUGAAGGAAAAGAGGUGUCUGCUGAUGUAGUGGCUAAGAAUUCAAGCUUUAGACUGUGGUUAGGAGAAUGGAGAAUAUCGAAAUCACAGAUUUAUUCCCUUAUCAGUAUCGAUUGUACAUCAAAAGGGAUAGAGGAAUGUACAAUUGACAUGGGAUCGAGCUCCCCCGCGAGCCGACAAGGGGCCGUCCCCUUCGGAUCUGGAAGCUCGGCCUCCAUGGCCAUGGAGGAGCCACCGCCUCGAGAUCUAGAGAAUCGACACCUCCAUGGCCACAGGACUUGGUGGCGAGGCUGAUAUCUCGGUAAACAUAUGUUGCGAUCUAAUGUGAAGCCAACAAAUGGGACAUGUGGGAGACAGAAAAUUUAAAUCUGAGAUAGAGGACCAGCACCCUUAAAGUUGCCCAGCCAGCAAUAAACUUCUCAUUUCUCAGUUUGUGUCAGAAUUAGUUCCAUAGCUUCCCUUUUCCGACAAGGAUUUAAUUUGGAUCCCGCAUAUGUUUCUUUGACUUUGUACACCACUCGACUGGGGAUUAAUUCGUCAAUCUAGUGUUAUCUUACAAUAGA